AUGACUGGAGCAAAUCAUCUGCCAGCUCUUCCUGACGUAUUACUUCGAUGGCGUCAACACCAGUAUGUCUUCGUUGCUGAUAUAGAAAAAAUGUAUCGGCAGAUACUCGUGCAUCCGGAUGACUGCAAAUUCCAAACGAUCCUGUGGCGUCAUUCAACUGAUGAUGAAGUGCGAGAGUACCAGCUGAGAACGGUCACCUACGGUCUGGCGUGUGCUCCGUUUCUCGCCAUACGGACACUCCGUCAGCUCGCAACAGACGAAGAAGAGCAGUUUCCUCGUGGCGCCGUAGCUCUGCGUCGAGACUGUUACGUCGACGAUGUGGUCACCGGCUCAAAUACGCUGAACGAUGCGAUCGCACUCCAGACGGAAAUUCGCAACCUCUGCUUGGCGGGCGGAUUUCCGUUGAAGAAGUGGGCAGCCAACGACGAGAGGAUCCUGACUGGAGUACCAAGCGAUCAUCUUUUGCAGCAAUUGCCGCCAGCCUGGGAAGGAGAGAGCCACUCCACGCUAGGACUCCGCUGGCACCCGCAACACGACCAGUUCUCCUUCGUGUUUCAUCCGCACGCUGCCAUCAACCACACGAAGAGAACGGUUUUAUCCGAAACCGCACGGCUCUUCGAUCCAAUGGGGUGGCUCGCUCCAGUCGUGAUUCGAGCAAAAAUUUUCAUCCAAUCCACGUGGCUGCAAGGAUUGGACUGGGACACCCCGCUGCCGCCAUCCGAAGCUCGAGAGUGGCAACGUCUUCUAGAAGAACUCCAUCUUCUAGAUCAGUUGCGAAUAAAACGCUGGCUCGGGACCGGAGCAGAUAAGACCACGCUGCAGCUUCAUGGCUUCGCCGACGCAUCCGAACGAGAAUAUGCCGCCGCAGUAUACAUCCGCAUCACUGAAAGGAACGAAACGUCAAUAAGGUUAUUGAUGGCCAAAAGCAAGGUAGCACCCGUCAAACAAGUGAUCUUGCCGAAGCUGGAGUUGUACGCCGCCACGCUACUCACCAAUUUGAUGCGACAUGUCAAACAAACGCUCGACCUGGCAACAUCAGACACAUACUUAUGGUCUGAUUCAACAGUGACUCUCCAGUGGAUUCGCGGUCACUCCUCACGCUGGAAGACUUUCGUCGCCAAUCGAGUCGCUCACAUCCAGACGCAGCUGCCUAAUGCACAAUGGAGACACGUAGCUGGUCGCGACAACCCUGCGGACUGUGCAUCACGGGGUAUUAAUCCAAGCGAACUGAUCAAUCACGUUCUAUGGUGGACAGGACCUACCUGGUUAUCACAGAACGAAUCGGCCUGGCCAAAUUCCGAGAUAGAGAUCCGAGGAGACGACGUGCCAGAAAGGAAAGCCACGAGCCUGAUGACUGUGAACCGGGUCAUCGUCGAGCCAGAAAUCCUGCUCCGCUUCUCAUCACUGCAUCGCCUGCUACGGAUAUCCGCAUGGUGCCGUCGCUGGCUGCGCGCUUCAGAGCCGACUCACACUGCUGGAUUAACGUUGAGUCCGGAGGAACUUGACAUGGCACUCUUUCUCGCAGCUGGACGCUCCGUCGCACCAAGCAGCACAUUAGCCAAGCUGACUCCGUUCCUCGACGACCAUGGUGUUCUGAGAGUGGGAGGUCGGCUUAAGAACGCCCUGCUGACACAGGAUGAGAGGCAUCCGAUGAUCAUUCCAACCUCGUCGUGGCUGACUCGUCUGCUGAUGGACUCCUGUCACCGUCGGACGCUGCAUGGAGAAGUGCAACUCACCCUGGGGCUGCUUCGACUGCGCUUCUGGAUUCCACGAGGACGCACAGUUGUAAAACAACAACUACAUCGUUGCGUCACCUGCACACGAUGGCGAGCAACGACGCUUCAGCCACCGAUGGGUAAUCUACUCCGCGAUUGGGUCACUCUGACUCGGCCAUUUCUGCGCACUGGAGUGGACUAUGCAGGACCCAUCCUCAUCCGGACGAGCAAGGGACGAGGACACCGCGCCUAUAAGGGCUAUAUCGCAGUAUUCAUCUGCUUUUGGUCCAGAGCCAUCCACCUCGAACUUGUCUCGGAUUAUUCUUCAGAGGCCUUCAUCGCCGCUUUACGUCGCUUUGUCUCACGUCGAGGUCUCUGUACGGACAUAUAUAGCGACUGUGGAACGACCUUCAUCGGGGCUGACCGCACUUUACGUGAGUUCUUCGUCGCUGCAUCCACAGAGGGUCGUGGAAUCGCACGCGUAGCUGCUGAACACGGCAUACGGUGGCACUUCAAUCCACCAGCAGCUCCGCACUUCGGCGGAUUGUGGGAGGCAGCCGUCAAAUCCGCUAAGUAUCACUUACGGAGGGUGAUAGGUGAAACCACCCUCACCUUUGAGGAACUGACCACUCUCCUUACACAAAUUGAGGCCUGUUUAAAUUCUCGUCUAUUACAGGCACUCUCUGACGAUCCAGACGAUGUUACAGCACUGACUCCGGGCCACUUCCUGAUCGGCGCGCCGCUUCUCGCCAUCCCGGAGCCAGUACAGAGGACAACCGUGGAUCCGCAGCAUCACGAUGGCAUCAUCUCUAGGCGAUGCGAGACCACUUUUGGCGGAGAUGGUCGGGAGAAUACAUCCAUGGACUCACCUCACGACCUAAAUGGCUGA